UUUUCCUUUAAGCCCCAACUUGAUUUCCAGCUACAGGCCUCUGUAACUUUUCUUGGCAUGGAAGUCAUGAAGUCUCCUGUCCCCUAAAGCCACAGAAAUUUAUAGUGGAAGCAAGCAGCACGCACUACGUACAGCACAGAGGGAACCUGGGGCGUUCGCUGCGGCUCCCACCUGUCGGCCAGGUCAUUGUGACGCAAAUGCUAUGGACACGUGGAACACCUGCGGGAGAGCAGGGCGGGGUCACCCUGGGCGGCAGAUGCGAGCGGGGGGAUACCCCAGGAGAUGGGGGUCCAGGAAAGACCCCAGGGAGUAGAGAGAGAGACUCACUCCCCCCAUCUCAGGCCCGCCCCAAACAAGGUUAUAAUAUAACUUAUCCUCUCAUGCUUUUUCCCUGCUCCUUCUCCCCAAAUCAUCAACUAUAGAAAAAGAAGCAGCCAUGUCAGGACACAAAUGCAGUUAUCCCUGGGACUUACAGGAUCGCUAUGCACAAGAUAAGUCAGUUGUAAAUAAGAUGCAGCAGAAGUAUUGGGAGACGAAGCAGGCCUUUAUUAAAGCCACUGGGAAGAAGGAAGAUGAACACGUCGUUGCCUCUGACGCAGACCUGGAUGCCAAGCUGGAGCUGUUUCACUCGAUUCAGAGAACCUGUUUGGACUUGUCUAAAGCAAUUGUACUCUAUCAAAAGAGAAUAUGUUUCUUGUCUCAAGAAGAAAACGAACUGGGAAAAUUUCUCCGAUCCCAAGGCUUCCAAGAUAAAACCAGAGCAGGAAAAAUGAUGCAGGCAACAGGAAAGGCCCUCUGCUUUUCUUCCCAGCAAAGGUUGGCUCUGCGAAAUCCUUUGUGUCGCUUUCACCAAGAAGUGGAGACAUUUCGGCAUCGGGCCAUCUCGGACACGUGGCUGACGGUGAACCGCAUGGAGCAAUGCAGGACUGAAUACAGAGGAGCAUUACUCUGGAUGAAGGACGUGUCACAGGAGCUUGAUCCAGACCUCUACAAGCAAAUGGAGAAGUUCAGGAAGGUACAAACACAAGUACGCCUCGCCAAAAAAAGCUUUGACAAAUUGAAGAUGGAUGUGUGUCAGAAAGUGGAUCUUCUUGGAGCAAGCAGAUGCAAUCUCUUGUCUCAUAUGCUAGCAACAUACCAGACCACUCUGCUUCAUUUUUGGGAGAAAACUUCUCACACUAUGGCAGCCAUCCAUGAGAGCUUCAAAGGUUAUCAGCCAUAUGAAUUCACUAUGUUAAAGAGCUUACAAGACCCUAUGAAAAAACUGGUUGAGAAAGAAGAAAGGAAGAAGAUCACCCAGCAGGAAAGUGCAGAGGCCGCAGUGGAGGAGCCGAGUCAAUUAAUUUCAUUAGAGGAUGAAAACCAGCACAAGGAAUCCUCUAGUUUUAAGACUGAAGAUGGAAAAAGUGUUUUAUCUGCCUUAGACAAAAGCUCUACACAUAAAGCAUGCUCAGAUGAACUGUUAGACAUGAAACCGGAGGAAGGUGCUUGCCUGGGCCCAAUGGCAGGGACCUUGGAACCUGAAGGUGCUGACAAAGAUGACCUGCUGCUAUUGAGUGAGAUCUUCAAUGCUUCCUCGCUGGAAGAGGGCGAGUUCAGCGAAGAGUGGGCUGCUGUGUUUGGAGACGGUCGGCUGAAGGAGCCAGCGCCCACUGUGGCCCCAGGAGAGCCUGACCCCAAGCCCCAGGCAGGCUCGGGAUUCCUCCCUUCGCAGCUUUUAGACCAAAAUAUGAAAGACUUACAUGCCUCGCUACAAGGCUGGGCAGAGAGCAAUGUCAAUCCUCCUCCUCCAUGGCCAGCAGCAAAGGCAAGCAGUCCAAAUGACAACAGCCCUGCAGCGAAAGAGCCUGCCAAGGCUGCCUCGGACCUGACUGCCUGGUUCAGCCUCUUUGCUGACCUCGACCCAUUAUCAAAUCCUGAUGCUGUCGGGAAAACCGAUAAAGAACAUGAAUUGCUCAAUGCAUGAGUCUGCAGCUCCGGGAGGGAGCCCACGUCCCACCCCUCAGCAGCGCACCUGGGGGCUCGCAGAUGUAUGAAGUGAUCAGUAUACUGUUUUACUAUUUACGUGCCAUUUUAAUAAAAUGAAAGGGUCCAAGGCCCUGUUUAUAUUGGUAUAAUUAUUUACUCUUAUUUGGUAUAAAGGGUUUUAGUGUACUCUCUAUGUGGACCUAAACAAUACAGGAUUGUCUAGGAGCGGUUUCCAGGCCGGCCACUCUCCUGCCGACACCCGCAUUGUGGCUGCUGAUGUGUCACUCAGCUACUGUGAGAUCCAAGUUCAGAUCAUAAACCUACUUAGUGUUAGGUUUAAAUAUUGUGUCCUACAGCCUCAGAGGCAGCUGGAGGCUAAUGAAACUUUAGUGCCUCCUCUUGUACCGCCUGCCUCUGUCCCCCUUUGAGGGGGGCUGCAGGAAGACGCCCCCUUCCUGCCAAGCCACCUUCCAGGGAGCUCUGGACGAAGCUCUGGCCAACCAAAGACUCUGUCCCCCAGCCCUUGCCCAGUGGGCUGUGUGUUCUCACACAGGCAGAAGGGCUGGGCUGGUCUCCGCUCCGUGAACCUUUCUAUGGAAAGCAGCCAUAUCUGCAGAUACGUGUCUCCUUUUGUCCUCUCCAUGGCUGGAAUUCAAAAGCAUGUAUUUCUGGAGCCCUUUGUGACAUUAACUGUUUGGUUUUUUUUUUUUAAUUAAACAGAAAAAAUAUUUGA